AUGUUCGCACCAGGCCAGGAACAGCUCUCCAAGGAGCAGAUCAAGGCUGGAGAAAUCCAGGCCUCGCAGACCAUUCGCUCUGCCGUCGCCGGUGCCGUCAUGCUCUACCUCUCCCCCUUCACCGUCGACUUCGUUAAGAAGUUCCUCUAAACUGCCUCCCCGUCACGACUUCACCCGCUCCAACCAACUGAUGAUCUUUGAAAAUUCGAAAAGACCGUGAUGGAAUGGCUGUCAUGAAGAAAUGACAUACAUCGUAUACUACAUGGUCUGGUGUUUCUCUCUCGCUUGACUAACAGGAGUCAUGGCAUGAUGUAUUAGUAUUGUACAUUUUUCGUUUGUCUUGGGUCAUGGAUAUAGAGAAAUGGAAAGCAUGAUCUUGCUACUUAUAGAACGGCAAUUGGUAGAAUGACAAACGGUCUCCAUAAC